AUGGCCGAUCGUUUACACCCCCCAUACCACAACACACCGUCGCAGAUCCGGUCGACAAGCGCCAACUUGAACGUUCUUCUGGCCUGCGCGCUGCUGCUGCUCCUCCGAGACCCACCAAACGCCUUCGGUUCUCCUUCGCAUCCUUUCGAGUUCCGCACAAUUCGAGUUCCGCACAAUUCGAGUUCGCCUCCUACGGUACCCUCGUAUCAUUUGGAAGCAACCACCUUUUGUCUGCCCUGGAAGAUCGAAGGCGCUGCAUCGAAUCAUAUUCCUGGCCCCCCUUUCGUGUCUCGGUUUCGGAAGAUCAGCCCCCCGCAGACUGGACCGCAUAUCCUUCGGUCUGUUGUCUGCACAUACAGCAUUCUGCCCGAGGCCUCAAGACCUCGUCAAGCUGGUCUCUUCAUUGCAAGCCUUUCAGCCAGUGUCUUUGCGGCAUUCCCAAAGGCGUCGUCCACCGAUCAGAACCUGUCUGGCAUCAUCCUACGCAUCUCUGAUCGACAUUGCUUCCGAGCGGACUUUGGACGGACAGCUCAUAGCAGUUCAACACCGAUCAUUUCCCUCGAUCGAGUCUGCCGCCUCAGCUCUGUCUCGACAAACAACCGCCUCUGCUUCCGUUCUCAACUGGUUCCGGCCACCUCAAAGAUCACAGCAGCCCUCGUGAUACCCUUCGAUAAAGUCGGCAUCGCGCUCGUCACAUUCCCAAUCGAGUCUACCUGCGGCUCACCUCUUCUGCAAGGGGCCAUGGAGGACGCAAGCAGCUUGUCCUCGCAGCUUCCUUAA